AGGUCUGCGCGGACAUCUUCUCCAGCUUCACCUGCGCGCGGUACCAGAAGUACGGGUGGUGCCAGAGGGAAGACAUGAAGGACGCCGUCCAGCGCCAGUGCCCCCUCACGUGCGGGCAGUGCACCAACAAGCCGUCCGCCAGCCAGUCGGACGGCGCUGGGGACGACGACGACGACGACGGCGACGGCAAGUCGGACGACUCUGGUGGCUCCAGCGACGCCGCCAACGACACCGAUGACAAGGACAGCUCCGACGACGACGAUGACUCCGACGAGUCUAAGGGCACCGACUCGAAGGACGGCCCCGCCUGCCGUUGCAUGCGCUCGUGGACCAGCCCAGGCGACGAGGGGUGCGAGAAGGAGCAGCGAUACUGCCCCGAGAAGCCUUGCGACGGCGACGCCAAGCAUUGGUGCCUCGUCGAGACCCCAGGCUGCGCCACGGAGGCCAGGGAGGACGGCGAGGGCCAAGGCUGGGCGUAUUGCAGCCCGGAGGA